AUGGCCGCCGCCUUUGACGAUGAAGAUCUUUCCGUCUCGCUUGCUUCAAUUCCUCCCAAUCCUAAUAAUAAGAAACCGCGCGAUCAGUCGAAUACCGAUGCAAUAAUGUCCAGUUCGAAUCCGGCUGCUAUGGCAAUGCCGCCUCCGCCACGACCGAAUAAUAACGGUGGGAAUCGCAGUUCGUCGGGAUCGGUGCAGUCGCCAGCCACACGAAGGGAUAUGCAGAGGUUAGAUCAGUAUAAGACGGUUAAAGUGUUGGGGGAAGGAUCGUUUGGGAAGGUCAAGUUGGCGAUUCACCAGCCUAGUGGGAGGCAGGUUGCGUUGAAGAUUAUUCCUCGUCGGAAGUUGUUGUCGAGAGAUAUGGUGGGAAGGGUUGAGCGGGAGAUUCAAUAUUUGCAGUUACUGCGACAUCCGCAUAUUAUCAAACUAUAUACCGUCAUUCCCACAAAGUCGGAUAUUGUCAUGGUCUUGGAAUACGCCGAGAGAGAAUUGUUCGACUACCUUGUCAAACGUGGCAAGUGCAACGACGACGAAGCGCGCAAGUUUUUCCAGCAAAUCAUAUGUGCCGUCGAAUAUUGCCAUCGCCAUAAAAUCGUCCAUCGAGACCUGAAACCCGAAAAUCUAUUGAUUGAUAGCGAGAAAAACGUGAAAAUUGCCGACUUCGGUCUGAGUAAUAUCAUGACGGAUGGUAAUUUUCUAAAAACCAGCUGUGGAAGUCCCAAUUAUGCCGCACCAGAAGUUAUUUCAGGGAAAUUGUACGCCGGCCCGGAAGUCGACGUGUGGAGUUGCGGAGUUAUAUUAUACGUUCUUCUCGUGGGUCGUUUGCCAUUUGACGAUGAUUAUAUCCCUGCGCUAUUUAAAAAGAUUGCCGCCGGGAAUUUUCAUAUGCCUUCGUAUAUUUCACCAGGAGCUGCCAGGCUUAUUCGAGCCAUGCUGCAGGUUCAUCCGGUUCACCGGAUCAGUAUUGCGGAGAUUCGACAAGAUCCCUGGUUUCUUGAUGGUCUUCCAAAAUAUCUUCAAUUACCUCAAGAAGAGUUUGUCACGACAGGCGCGGAUCCAAACAAGGCAGUUGACCGUCGCAAGUUUGCGCCGGGAAAGUCGAGUAGUGUACAGCAGAAGAUUCAUGAUUUUGCCAUUACGAAAUUGGAGCAUAGCAUGGGAUAUAAAAAGGAGGAAAUUGAGGAUGCACUGCGCAAGGCUGAGCCUAGUGCGGUUAAAGAUGCAUUCUUUAUCAUCGCGGAGAAUGAAUUAAUGCAGACGAAUUCCCCUCAAGAAGACUCUCUCGACAUGUCCUCUCCACCGGCCCCGUCAUCACCCAUGCACGACAGCAGUGGCUACAGUUCCCCACGAGCCCCAAAAUCAGCCGCUGCAGCUCUUCGUCAAGAAAACGCCCUCACUCCAUUGACACCACAGGCACGGGAAGCUACGCCGCCACCUGCGCCUCCACCAACGGCACCAACUACCUAUGGGGCUAUGCCAAUAGAAGAGCCUCGUGUAAGCCAUGUGCGUAUUCUUCCUACAAGUCUGCCGUAUGUCCACGACCAGAUCAUGGAGCAACGGGAUGGUACUAGACGACAGAAGGCACAGACAUCCUCAUCCGCUGGACAAGGCCGAGCCGAGGACCGAACUCUGGAACAGCAAGCCGCGACUUUCAGAGCUCUCAAACCGCAUGCUCGUAGCGUGAUUGAUUUGGAUAAACUUCGAUUAGAGCCGCCAGAAAAGUUCCAUGCGGCGCCUAUGCCAUCCAAGAGGUCUAGAAAAUGGCAGUUUGGCAUUCGAUCACGUAAUCAACCGUACGAAGCGAUGUUUUGUUUGUAUAAAGCUAUUGAAGCAGUAGGCGGUGUUUGGGAAAUCAUACCCGCCGAGCCAGAGGGCGACGCACCGUUACCAAAACCGGAUCCGAACCAACCCAUGCCACUACAACGCAAAUACCCUGAUUUACCAUCUGAUUACUACAUCCCCAAAGAUCCAUGGUUCAUUCGCGCACGAUUAUUAAAAGAAGGCGUGACAGCACCUGGUGUAUCUCUAAGCGCGCACAGCAGUCGCAGUGACUUGGGCGAUCUGCGCCGAAAAGUAAACCUAAUGAACGCCUCCAUCAGCGCAGAAGACAAAGCCGCAAUCGCAGCAGCCGUGCAAGCCAGUGCCGAAAACAUCACCAAUAACACCGGAGGCGGCAGCGGAGGUGGCAGCACAAGCAUCCCCUCCUCUCUAGAACAAGUCCAAUCGCUGCGCAUCUCCUACGGGGUAUGGGUAUUCAUUGAUAUUCAGCUAUAUCAACUCGAAGCCACGAAUUACAUGGUCGAUUUUAAGUGUGACGGGUACCAGAAUGUGAUUCGGGCGGAUCUGGAUGGGGAAUGGAGACCGGUUAGUAAGCGGAUUCGAAACAAAGAAAAGGAGGUGACGAGUCCGUAUCCUUAUUUGGAUGUUGCGUCGGAUUUGGUUGCGCAGUUGGCUAUUGCCAGUUAG